CUGCUCAUGUAGAGCUGGUGCCUAGCAACAGGUCGCUGUGCCACAUUAACAUUCAUCAGACUGGGACAGAAGCUCAAUUGGUCAGAAAUGGGAGAUGUUACUUGCUUAUGACUUCUCAUGGGAGUUUUCUUCUGUCUAUAGAUGAGCUACUGGAAAAGAAGAUCACAAUGUGAGUGGAAGAUGCACCAACAUGUCCACCUGCACGCUACAGACAUUUUUCACGUGGACAUACAAGGGGGUUCUCUGCACCUGCAGGUUUCUUUGGAUUUGCCCAUACAACGCCGUUAAAUUCUUACCAAGACAUAAAUACACAACCGAGAUGAAAAUCAGGCAGGUGAAAAGACCUGCUGUGGUUUGUGAAAAUAAAGUGACCGCAUCCAUCCCAGGGAGCCCCGACCGUGUGAAUGCACUUCAUAAAAGAGUGACAAAAAUGGAGAAAGAGAUUCUCUCCCUCAAGACCAGGAUUGCAUGUGAGAGAGCAUCAUGGGAAAUGAGGUUUUUAGAGCUGCAAAGACAACAAGAGGAGCUACGUAACCAGUUAGCCUCUGAUGCUAAAGUGUUGGUGACGGCGGGUUCUUAUGAUGGUGAGGGGGAGUCAGGGGGGGACAAUGGGGAUGUGUCUGAUGAAAGCUUAGGUGGUUUUCACAAACACAGGAGGUCUAGAGCGUCAUCAAAAAGUGAAACUCAGCUGUUGUCUCCUCUGAACUCAAGACCUACUUCUUCAAUAUCUUCAGCCUCCAGCAUUCGAUCAUGGAAAACGUCCCAUGGGCCACACCGGGCUUUCGUUCCUCACUCACCUAUGGACUUGCAACUGGGUCACCGGGUCAGGAUCAUGCUGCCAUCUGGCAGGAUCAGCACAGGAACUGUUCGCUUCCUGGGCCACCUGCAGGGGGAGGCAGAGUUCCACCUUGGGGUGGAACUGCAGACACCUGGUGCAGCUUUCUGUGAUGGCAGCCACAACGGACAGGUCUACUUUGAAUGUGAACCUGGAUAUGGUGUUUUUGUGUCAUUCCACAAACUACUGAUGGCCUGGGAAUGACUGGAACAGAACCAUCAGGGAGAAUUUCUUGGAAAAAUACUGAACCAAAUGUAUUCGAAAGAGUAGCUCAUGUCUUGAAUAACAGGAAUCAAAGAACAAAACACGAUUAUAUGAUAUAUGUACUGUGUGUAUCACUAACACGUGUGUCUUGUCAGAGAAAAAAAAGCAAAAUCAGUUAUUAUAAAAACGUAUAUUUUUAAAUAAAUAUAAAUCCCACAUGCCAAAGAACAAAAGGCAGUCUGUCUUUUUUUGUGUGGUAACUUCCUUAUAGUCAGCUGACAAAGCAAACAAGUCAAGCAAAACCUUUUUUCUGCUGACAGCCUAAAAAUGGUUCUUUGAUUAAAAU